GGCCCAGUAAUAAUGGCUUUCUCGCCCCGGAGAUUAUAUGCGGAUUGUUCCUCAGCUAAGAAAUCUUGACUGCGGUUGCGAACGAACCACUUGCAUCCACACCUAUGGCCCGUCCGUCGGGCUGUCCAUCCCUGCCAUUUAUUUUUUUGUCUUUCUUGACUGGAUUUGGCGGAGCGGGUAGGUUGUUCCAGAUUUCCGGAUUUAGAACCCACUGGAUGAGAGGGAUGGAUCUUGGGAUGGGUGGUUUCUUGGGUCAUCGUAGAGCGGAGUUAAAGAGGAUGCGUUAGUGGGUUGGUUGUGUAACUGUUCUCCCUUCCGUGUUUUUUUUUUCUCGCUGUUUCUUUCCUCGAUGAUUAAUUGUUAUUCGAUUCUCUCGGGCAAUUGAGACUUGCCCAACAAUCUGUUGCCUACGGAAUACUAUCCACGAAUAAUGAAUUGCUUUUGACGUCUACACCUCGGGUUUUUGUCUUUCUAAGGUAUGCUGCUAUGGAUCUGCCACCCCUUUAUUAUCUGUCAUGUAUGUACAUGGUUCCUUUUAUUCCUUCUAUCGAAGAAGUGUCAUAAUUCAGGAAUAAAGUGCGACAAACAUACCGAAUGCGGGCUAUAUUUUCCUUGUUAUGGGUUCCGUCCCAUAGGACAGGACACACACAGUCUCCAGUUAUCUAGUAGUUGAUGUAAGCAAGCAUGUAUGUUGUCAUGCAGCACGACAUGACUUAUGUGACUCGAAGGGUAUUAGCCGCGCAAGAAGCUUCCGCGAAUAAGAUUGCUUCUUCAAG